CGGUUUCCAAUUAAAAGCCAGUGUAGUCGUGAACAACUCAACGUAACAGAUAGACAGUUUUACUAAAUAUUUUUAUAUUGGGAGUUUUUCUUAAGAUUUGAAGUGAUAAAAUUCUAGAGUAUCAAUAUUACCAUGGCGCAAACAAGGGAAGAUGGGAAGAUCAAUGGCUGUUUGGAAGUGGAUAAAAUGAGUGUUCAGCCUAAAAAGAAUGUAGCUCGGGUAGCAGCUCGUCUGGUCAAGGAACCUACGGGGCCGGCUGCCAAAUGGCUUGCCGUGACCAGAGCCAUUCCCAAGCCCACUUUUCCUGAACUUUCCGGAUUGUUCUACCAAAGCGAAAUAUUUACUGGCUUCGAGGCUCUGAUCGACAGCAUUCGGAAAGAGGUGGAUGAUCUGACUGACGAAGGUUUGAGCAACAAUUUCGAAUAUCUGGAUUCACAACUGGAGUUGCUCUUGGAAAUGAUUCAACGCUCCGAGAACGCAGUUCAAGCUGAAACGGAAGCGUUGGAAGAGUCGCAAGACUCCCAACCGGAACCGGAUGUAGAAGGGAACCUUGGCCAGUGACCGUCAGUGAAUACUUUUUUCAGUGUAGUCGGUUUUCAAAGUUAAAUGUUUGUAGGGCUUAAAAGGCAUUUAGUAAAAGCUUGAAUUGGGCAGUAUGUAAAAA